UGUGUGACAAACGUGCCCCUCCUGUGCUGGCUAACAGGAUUCCCCCGUGCUAAGGGCUUUAGGCCAUUAAUCCGACCUGCUCUGGGUGAGGGUGAGGCCCCACUAAACCUCCACUAACCAGUGACCGCAUUCCCUCGCGUUCGGACACACACAUGGUGAGAGACAGAAGGAGCAAGACGAGAAAGAGAGAGGGAGCACAGAAGAAAGAAAGAGAGAGGGAGCACAGAAGAAAGGUGAGGACUCCGUGGUGACGGAAGAGAGGAACGGACAGACAGAUGAAGGGGGACAAGGAGGAGAACGAAGUGGAGGAUAUUAUCUUCUUCCUCUUCUACGCCUGAGGGGUUGGUGAUCACGCACCUCCAGCUGGAGUUACUUGCUGAGGGCACACACAGACCUGACAGGUCCUGGCCUCUGAGUCAUCAUCAUCUGUGUGUUUGUACUCACAGAUGCUGGGACAAGCAGAGCAGACAGUCAUAAAUACGUAAAACUUGACCACACACACACACAGACUCAUAACGAGCAUGAACGAAACAAGUCUGCCCUUCAUCAAGGUUAAACAGCACAUCCACACACUACUUCAUAUUCACAGAUAGUCAGCGUUCACCUGUCCACACACACACACCUGAAAACACACACACCCACCUGAAAACACACAACCGCACCUGAAAACACACACCCACACACACACACACACACACACACACCCACACACACACACACACACACACACACACCUGCAUCUGCACCUGAGUCUCCAGCAUGAACUCUGUGGUGAAGAAGAAGCUGGCCGCCCCAGUGAAGAAGCUGGCAGCCCCGGUGAAGAAGAUGGCAGCACCGGUUAAGAAGAUGGCCGCCCCGGUGAAGAAGAUGGCCGCCCCGGUGAAGAAGCUGGCCACCCCGGUGAAGAAGAUCACAUGCUGCGUGACGGGGGGCAAAGGCCGCAACCUGUGGGACAAGUACCGGGGCAAGAGGGGCAAAGGAGUGAGAGCCAGGGGCAGAGGACAGCGCUCUACCUGCCUCCAGGAGCCCAGCACCAGGUUGCCCUACCAGGAUGAUCUGGAGAAGGAGAGAAAGCAGAGAGAAGCAAAGAAUGCUCAGAAGAAUGCACACAGAGCUGCCAUGAGGGCUCACUUCAGGAGGAAGUACCAGCUCUCUAAGAAUUCCAAGGAUUCCAAUCACGUCAGAACCAAGAGAGGGAAGGUGCGUCUACCCCGCGUGCUGGCAGCCAUGGUUCAACCCGAAGCCCCCGCCAAAGAGGAUCCCUACAGCCUGCUCAGUGCGUUCCAGGACCUUAGCUUCAAUAUGGGGAUGCGCUCGGGCAAGAAGCACUCCAAGACCCCCACACCUGUUAGUACGGACUGUAAGGUCAUGUGUGGACAAGACAGCAGAAGGAGGGACACCAUGCGCUCCACUCUGCGGCUGUCUGCGGGUCCCUCGGCCUCCAGGGCCCCGGGGGUUUCCGUGGCCACCCUGGGGUAUGAGGAGGCGCUGGCGGGCGGAGGGGCAGUGGGGAGGAGGAGAGCCGGGCGUGGAGAACGAGUGCGGCCGUUUGAGGAGAUACCAAACACGGGGAGCAACGGAUGGGUGAACCUGCUGCGCUUCUGGAAGGCUGGGAAGUUCAGCCACCUGCACAAACACAUGGAGGACACCUUCAACACACUGGGGCCCAUCUACAGGGAGCACCUGGGAUCUAUGAGCACGGUGAACAUCCUGCUGCCGGCAGAUAUCGGGGAGCUGUUCCGCGCCGAGGGCUUCCACCCUAGACGCAUGACGCUGCAGCCGUGGGCCACACACAGGGAGACGCGGCAGCACUGCAAAGGAGUCUUCCUCAAGAACGGCCCUGAGUGGCGUGCUGACCGGCUGCUGCUGAACCGGGAGGUGAUGAUGACUGGCGCGGUGCGGCGCUUCCUGCCCCUCCUGGAGGACGUGGCGAGGGAUUUCUGCCACCUGCUGCGCUCCAGGGUGGAGGCCACGGGGGAUGUGGUGGAGAGGGGCCUUCACAGGCUGACCCUUGACCCCAGCCCUGACCUCUUCCGCUUCGCUCUGGAAGCCAGCUGUCAUGUCCUUUAUGGAGAGCGGAUUGGCCUGUUCUCCUCUAAGCCAUCUCGCGAGUCGGAGCAGUUCAUCUGGGCGGUGGAGAAGAUGCUGGCCACCACCCCCCCUCUCCUCUACCUGUCCCCCCGCCUUUUGCAUCACCUACGCGCCCCCCUGUGGACUCAGCACGCUACUGCGUGGGACCACAUCUUCAGCCAUGCUCAAGCUCGUAUCCAGAGGGGGUAUGAGCAAAUGCAAUCGGAGCUGAGUGGGGGAGUUAGAGGGGCAGGGCUGGGCAGAGGGGGACAGAUCGGAGGGGUGUUGGGGCAACUGUUGGAGAAGGGGCAGCUAUCUCUGGAGCUCAUUAAAGCCAACAUCACAGAGCUGAUGGCUGGGGGUGUCGACACGACAGCUGUCCCUCUGCAGUUUGCCCUGUUUGAGCUUGCAAGGAAUCCCGAGGUGCAGGAGAGAGUGCGAGAGCAGGUGCGGUCGUCAUGGAAACGUGCAGCUGGGGAUGUCCACAAAGCCCUGCAGGGGGCACCACUGCUGAAGGGGACAAUGAAGGAGACGCUCAGGUUGUACCCAGUGGGGAUCACAGUGCAGCGCUAUCCCAUCCGAGACAUCGUCCUACAGAACUUCCACAUACCUGCCGAGACUCUGGUCCAGGUGUGUCUGUACCCUCUGGGUCGUUGUUCUGAUGUGUUCUCUGAUCCAGCUCGCUUUGAGCCGGCCCGCUGGGGGAGAUCUGAGGCGGGGGACGCACAGGAGGGGGCCGGGUUCCGCUCGCUGGCGUUUGGGUUCGGGGCGCGCCAGUGCGUGGGCCGCAGGAUCGCAGAGAACGAGAUCCAACUGGUUCUCGCACACAUCCUGCUAAACUUCCAUCUGAGUGUGGCGUCCACAGAUGAUCUGGAAACCUCUUACACCCUCAUCCUACAGCCGGAGAGACCACCCAAAAUCACCUUCAGUACUCUCUAAGGAUGCGUGCACACGCACACACACACACACACACACACACACACACACACACACACACCACACACAC